CCCCUUCCCAGUUCCCGCAUCUCUUACCUCAUCACUCUCCUCUCUACAGUUUUUCCACCCCUCCGCUCUUCCCAUUGUUUUCAGUGUGUAGGUAGUUAUCUAGCUUUAUUUUCUCUUCCCAUUUCCCUCUUUCUACCUUCUUAAUUCUUCACCUGAAAUUUCUACCCUUUCCACCUUAACGCCGACUCCUGUGUGGUCUUGUUGGAUCAUGUCGACCCGCCGACCGGUCACUGCUGCAACAAUGUGAAGCCUUUAUUUUUUUUUUCUGGAAUCCCAACCAUACAAUAACUUUCUCACAGGAGCAGCAGGUGGGACAUUGAGAUUUGUGUGUGGGAGCUCUGGUGUAGUAGUUAGUGCAUGGAGGAUGCUAAAACCCCUGAUAAAACCCUAGUGGCCGAGAACCCAGAUGGUAAAACCAUAAAAGCUGGAAACUUUGUGGCCAUGGGGUUGUUGGGUCAAGCUACUGGUUCUUGUCCUGAGAAAUGCGGUGCUGUGGAGUCUCAGUCUGAGGCGCUGCCAGAAGGACACGGUAAGAAAAUAAUUGCGGGAAAUGGUGUUUGUGAAGGAGAGAAAUGUGCAAGUGGUGAUUUGACUUCCGUGAUUGUUUCCCAAGUGGUUAAUGGUGGUCAUGCUCUUGAAGUUGAUAAGGUCUCAUCUUUAAGAGAUUGCGCUGAUGGGGAAUUUCGAAGAGAGGAGCAUUCGAGUGGAAGAGUUUUGGCCAAGGGCAAUUAUACUCUGGCCAUUGACGGAGUGAGUACAGGUAGGAAUGUAAAUGAUUCAGGCGAUGACAUAUCACUGUAUGUGGAGCUUCCUGGUCCUCUUCAUCAAACUGGUUAUUCCGAGGAUAUGGAUUGUGUUGGUUUGACCAAGGAUGGUGCAAGAAAAGAGUGUGAAGAAGAGCCGAUUAAGCGGUUCUGUGUAGGGGAUGUAGUUUGGGUUAGAAUGAAAAACCAGUCUUGGAGGCCAGGAAAGAUUUGUGGUGAUUCUAAUGCAAUGAUUUGUUCUAAAGAAGGUUACCGGAUCAACUGCCAUGUAGUUCAAUAUUUCGGUGCUAGCCAUUUCACCUGGUGCCCACCAUAUAACCUAAGGCAUUUCCAUGACAAUUUUGAUCAACUUGUAGGGGGAAACAAGUGUAGAAACUUCACUGGAGCUGUAGAGAAGGCCAUGGAUGAGUUUAUGAGAUGUUUGAAGUCGGAGAUCAAUUGUUCUUGCAUGGUCAAACAAGGUGGUAGUAGUGACAAGGAAGGCAAGUAUUUACAAGAGUUCAGAUUUGGUAAAUCAGUGACAAAGUUUGAGCCAAUGGAAUUUCUUUCUCGGAUCAAACAACUUGCAGUGGCAGUUAGCAAACCUCCUAUGCUUGAGUUCGCAGUUGCUAAGAUUCACGUGGAAGCAUUCUCUUGUUUCAGAGGACACUUGCAGUUGCAUAUUGAUGAACUGUGGGAGCAGAGUCCAAAGAAGAGAAAUGGUGGCAAGAAUGGGUCAAUGACAACAAAAAUCAACAGCAAUGCUCUAGUUGGAGAUAAAAACUCAACUCCGGUUGAAGGGACAGGUGCCUGUCAUAAGGAAACUUUGGGACAGAAUGACCUGGAAUCAAGAUCAAGGAAAAGAAAACGUAAACAGUUCUUUGAAAUCAACUUCAGAAGAGAAGAUCUAGAUCUUGGUGAAGAUUUGUUGACCACACCUUCAGCAAAGGAGACUGGAAACUUGGGUUCUCCAUCGAAAACGAAUAAUCAGAGCUUUGACUUGAGGGAAAGGAAGAGGAGCAAGUAUUUAUCAUAUCCGUAUGUCAGCCUGGAACAUAAAAACAACAGGCCAGAUGAAAAGGAAAAAUCCAGUGGUCUAGAAAUGAAAGUUCUGGGAGGUGGUGAGGAUGUUGUUGGGCUAAGUGGAGCUUCUUCUAUAUCUUCUGACAAAAGAUUCCGAAACCGGUGGUUCAAGAAUUUCAUCAGUGACACAAGUAUAUCAAGCAAGCCGGAGUUUCUGGGAGCAUCGGUCUCAGAUUUGUUGUCUGAGCUGUCUCGUGCUUCUGUAGAUUGUUCAUAUCAAAGCAAGAGCAAGACCUUUGCCCUAGUAGAGUGGUUCUUCUCGAGGUUCAGAAUAUCAGCGUUUCAUGACGAGUCCAUUUAUGAGAGGCAUUGCAAGAACACCAUUUGGGGUAAUGCUGCUGAGAUUCAGACACCCCCUGGUAAGGUUGCUGAAGAGAUUAGUCAGACUUUGCCACCUAAGCAGAAGGUAUGGAAGAACACGAAUAAAUCUGGAAAUUCAGUUAUUAGUAAUGUCGAAAAUGCUACAAAUGGCACGGCAGCAAACAAUAACUGUGGCAUAGGCAUUCUUCCCUCCUCAGAUAAAGGACCUGUAUACAAUAAUGGAAGGGAGGAGCAAGGAACAUCUGUGGCAAGCCAGAAGAUUGACCAAAUUGCCAACAUACCCGACCUAAACAGCUGCGUGGGUGGUGUACCAAAUUUGUUGUCUUUAAGUCCACAGGCCGUGACAAAGAUACAUGAGAAAGCUACAUUGCAAGUUGUGAAUGGAAAUAUUUCAGAACCUGUAACAUUGUCAGAAUGUUUACACGGUAAAGGACCAUUUUCUACAAAUCAUCUUCCUGUAGAAGGUAAUGUGACAUGUUCCACUUUUAGCAUUUCAGAUACAGACGGUAAGAUAAUAAGUUUCGGGCCAUCCACAAGGGAUCCGCCCCUCAUUAGUUGUGGUACUGUCAAAACAGAAGGUAAGCCUGUACCUGAGAAAAGAAAGAGGAAGGAGAUCCCAGUCUCGGAACAGGUUAUUUCUGGUGCUACUGGAAUUCCUGAUUUAAAUUGGGGACUUGCUGAAACUGGGACAUUCACAAAUCUCGGGGCGAAGAGGGGGAGAGGAAGAGGAAGAGGAGGUAAUCCAGGGAGACCAACAAAGAAAUAUGCCCCCAGUGAACAAUUAGUUAAAUACAGCAGGAAAUGGUUUAAUGGAGAACCUCCAAAAGAGCCAGAAUUUUCACAGCCUCUGCAAAACCCUGGUGCCCCACCACAUGUAUUCUUUACAAAGGCUGCUGAUGGUGACAAGUCAUCCAGAAGCUUAGAGAAGGGUAAUAAUCCUUUCAGCAGAACCCCUGUGAGUUGCCAGCUUCUUCCUGUUGCAGCUUCACCAACAUCUCCUUCCAAGGGAGAGUUGAACACCACGGAAAUGCCAGCAGCACCUAAAGCGGUGGUAGCACCUCCCAUCGAUGCCAUAAGGCAAAAUCUGGAGAUGAUGACAUCAAUGCUGCAGAAAUCCGGAGAUGGUCUUUCCCCUGAGAUGAGGAGGAAGUUGGAGAGUGAGAUAAACUCACUUAUGAAGAAAGUCAGCUCCAUGUCCAAAUCUUCCUCUUAAACGACAUUGAUGUAGAAAGGCAAUCAAACCGAUUAUGUAUGGAACCUCGUGUAAGCUGCUCAUUAGGUAGGAACAAUAAGCUCUCCCAUAUGGGGGAAAGAAGCUCUCUUGGCAGUUUUCCUAAUGUAUGUGGGUUGAAAGGAAGCUGGCUUGGUUUUACACUAUGCUCUGUUCUUUUCUCCCGCCAAGAGAAAAUGAACAAAGCGAUAGGCAGUUAUGAUGGCAGUCAUCUUAUAAUCCAAUACCUCUCAUGCAUGGAACUUUGUUUUCAUUUUUGGCUGACUUUUCUAUGAUCCUGCUAUCCUGG